AUGGAGUUUUGCUUGUUCACUAAUCAGUUGUUGUACUGUUUUUCAGAGGACAACCUUUCGUGCACGCAGAUGGGAUGCGCCGCGGUCUCGUCUUCGUUGUCUCCACAAGAAGCGCUGAACGUAUAUGCAGAUCUGAAAACGGCCAUGAAUGGCCUAGUGCUUGCCAGCGACUUGCACAUGGUUUAUUUGGUCACUCCCGUAUACCUCGCUGACAUGUGGACGCAUAACUUUUCCUGGUCAAACUAUUUCACCAUCUGGUGUAAGCUGUGCGAUACUCAACGAAGAAUUGGUGAAUUGGUGGGUGUCGAUGAGGCAGUGUUAGUCCACAUGCGGUUCUAUAACGCCCUCGCACUCUUCGAUCUUCUGGAAGAAACGCCAAUCGAAGUCGUGGCCGAAAAAUAUGGCUGUAACCGCGGUCAUCUUCAGUCGUUGCAGCAGCAGGCAGCUACGUUUGCUGGUAUGAUUACGACGUUCUGCGACAGACUCGGUUGGCAUAGCCUAACAGCGGUGCUGCAGGGCUUUGGGGAACGAUUGGCGUUUGGAGUGAAACGCGAGUUGACGGAGUUGGUGAAGAUCGACGGCUUGGACAGAUUGAGAGCUCGAAGUUUUCACCGCGCUGGUUUCAAUACGUUGGCAAAAUUGGCCCAGGCAAGCCUGAAAGACAUAGCUGCCGUUUUGCGAAAAGCCGUUCCUUUUCACGAGUAA